GCAGCAGCAGCGUGUGUGUGUGUGUGUGUGUGUGUUUCACUGCAGUUGUCAUGUGGAGACCUGGGCAGAUUAUUGGCAGUGAUUCCUCCUAAACAACCAGAGAAGAUCAUCUGAUUGUGGGUCAGUGUGUGUAUGUGUGUGUGUGUGAAUUUGUAUGUUUGUUUGUGUUUCUGUGUGUGUGUGUCAGAAGAUCAAACACUCUGGUGACAAGCAUACGAACAACAUUUCCUUUAACAACUCAACAAAACAUUGUAGGCAGGUCUACAGUUACAGUGUUCAAUGUUUUAUCUUGUCAUAAGACAGAUGUUUCUAUCAGAACCAAAGGGGGGCAGCAGUGGACCAGCAGAUCCAACCAAUCACAAGCCAGAUCUCAACCACGAUGCUGCAGCUGUACAAAGUCACUGAAGCCCUGUGUAUCAGUAAUGCCCGCUCUGCUUGCAGUGCCCAGCUCCUCCAGCAGGAGGCAGUGACGUUGUGCAUUAAUGUUUCAAGACAGCAGCCUUUCCCCGCCGACGCUCACGUCACCAAGCUGCGGAUUGCGGUCUAUGACGACCCCAGUGAAGACCUGUACGCCCACUUCGACACCUGCGCCGACGCCAUCCAGGCUGAAGUUCGUCACGGUGGGCGGAGCCUCGUCUACUGCAAGAACGGACGCAGCCGCUCAGCUUCCAUCUGCAUAGCCUUCCUGAUGAAGCAGCACAAACUGAAGCUGAAGGAGGCGCUACAGGAAGUGAAGUCAGCUCGUCAUGUGAUCGACCCCAACCCCGGGUUCCUGUCUCAGCUGCAGACGUACGAGGAGGAACUGGAGAGACGACGAGCCCGGGCUGAGGAGAUCUCUGGUCUCCAACGUCCUGCAGCUGAAGUCCCCAACAACACUCGCACUUAGACUAGCAUUUAGCUGCUGUUAGCAACUAAUUACUGUAAGCAACUGCUGUUGCAGCAACAAGGAACCAGUGUUAGCUGGAGAACUGUUAGCAUGUGAUGAACUGUUAGCUUCAUGAGCAGCAGAUGAACAUAGUGAAACAGUUGGAUUAAGAAGCUACAACAGCCACAACACAGUUAGCAGUUAGCAGUUAGGAUUGCGGCGUACUGCUGUAGCAGCUGUUAGCUGUUAGCGAGCUGUGCUAACAUGUAGAUAACUAUGUGCUAAUGGACUCUGGGCGUGUCGCCACAGUCGACUACAUUUUUAAGGAAGGUGGAAAUGUUUGUUGUGAUCGUGAAUAAAGACAGUGAGCGAACGUUGUGGGUGAGACGACCUUUAUUGACUCGAGUGUGAAACAUCUCAGGGGGUUCUGAGAACUUCAUCUCAGAGAACCAGAUCCAGGCGGAUCAGGGACCGGGAACCCUCGGUUGAGGACCAUGACUUUUGUCCCACUCUUCACGCACGCGGUUGAUCCACUCGUUGUAGUUGGACACCUUGGUGUAGAUG